CCCAGGGGAGCCGCCUCCGCAGCCGGUUCCGCGCUCCGGCCGCGGCGGAGCGCCCUGCAGCGGGCCGGGCCGAGCAGCGCGGAGCGCCGAGGACAAAGACCUGUGUCCAACAUGCCGAGUUUACAGACAGUUUCCCAGUGAUGAGUCAGUGUGUCUGCAGAGGAAUGGAAGAAAAUAAGGAAAGGCUGAAACGGCAGCGACAAAACAACUUUCCCAUGUUUCCCUCUCCUAGAACUUGGCAUUUCAGAGGGCGAAAACGGAAGCAGAGUGCCCAGGAUGAAGAUGCCAUUAGCCUUUGCAGUCUCGACAUAAGUGAGCCCAGUAAUAAAAGGGUCAAACCCCUUUCCAGAGUCACAUCUCUAGCAAACCUCAUUCCUCCUGUGAAGGCCACGCCGUUAAAGCGUUUCAGCCAAACCCUGCAGCGCUCCAUUAGCUUCCGCAGCGAGAGCCGCCCUGACAUCCUUGGCUCCCGGCCCUGGUCCCGAAAUGCCGCCCCGUCGAGCACCAAGCGUAGAGACAGCAAGCUGUGGAGUGAGACCUUCGAUGUGUGCGUCAAUCAGAUGCUUACGUCCAAGGAGAUCAAACGGCAGGAGGCCAUCUUUGAGCUUUCCCAAGGAGAAGAAGACUUAAUAGAGGACUUGAAAUUAGCAAAAAAGGCCUAUCACGACCCCAUGUUGAAACUCUCCAUAAUGACGGAACAGGAGCUGAAUCAAAUUUUUGGAACACUGGACUCUCUAAUUCCUCUGCAUGAAGCGCUCCUCAGCCAGCUCCGAGAUGUUCGGAAGCCUGAUGGCUCAACUGAGCACGUUGGUCCCAUCCUCGUGGGUUGGCUGCCUUGUCUCAGCUCCUAUGACAGCUACUGCAGCAAUCAAGUCGCCGCCAAAGCUCUCCUAGACCACAAAAAACAAGACCACCGAGUCCAGGAUUUCCUACAGCGAUGUUUAGAGUCCCCCUUUAGCCGCAAACUGGAUCUCUGGAAUUUCCUUGAUAUUCCAAGAAGCCGCCUGGUGAAAUACCCUCUGCUUCUGCGAGAAAUCUUGAGGCACACACCAAACGACAAUCCAGAUCAGCAGCACUUGGAGGAAGCUAUAAACAUCAUUCAGGGAAUUGUGGCCGAAAUCAACACCAAGACUGGGGAAUCGGAGUGUCGCUAUUACAAAGAGCGGCUCCUUUACUUGGAAGAAGGCCAGAAGGACUCUCUGAUUGACAGCUCAAGAGUCUUGUGUUGUCAUGGGGAACUGAAGAACAACAGAGGCGUGAAACUGCAUGUAUUUCUGUUCCAAGAAGUGCUCGUAAUCACUCGAGCCAUCACUCACAAUGAACAGCUCUGCUACCAGCUGUACCGACAGCCGAUCCCAGUGAAGGACCUCUUGCUAGAAGACCUGCAGGACGGAGAAGUGAGGCUGGGUGGCUCCUUGCGCGGAGCAUUCAGCAACAAUGAGAGGAUUAAAAACUUCUUCAGGGUGAGUUUCAAAAAUGGAUCCCAAAGUCAGACGCACUCACUCCAAGCCAGUGACACCUUCAACAAGCAACAGUGGCUCAACUGUAUCCGUCAGGCCAAAGAAACAGUUGUGUGCGCAGCCGGGCAGGCCGGAGUCAUCGACUCAGAGGUAUCCUUCCUAAAUGCCAAUGCGGAGAGCAGGGAGCCACAGGGGGAAAUGAAGCCUGAACAGAUGGACCAAUCAGACAGCGAGUCAGACUGUAGCAUGGACACGAGUGAAGUCAGCCUUGACUGUGAGCGCAUGGAGCAGACGGACUCGUCCUGUGGGAACAGCAGGCACGCGGAAAGCAACGUCUGACACAAGCAUGUGUCUGGCCUGGAAGCAGCCCUGUGUCUUACUUGUACAGUAUUUGCAUUCCACAUGUGGAACCGAUUGGAGAAGCACUUUUUUGAAUACUUUGGUGACUGUGCUGGCCCCAGGCUCACACUGUGUCUCUUACGUGUGUCCCAAGUACUGUAACUGCCAGUCACACUGUAUAAGCUGCGGUCUGUGGCAGCCAUUACCCUGUGUUGUCUUUCAGAAGCAUCUGGAUGGAUGGAGAGGUACUUAAAACAAGUAACUUUCGGUUGUCCUGCUGGGUUUUUUAAAAAGUAGAAAGGAAAAUGAUCUCUAAGCUAUUGUCUCUGCAGAGUGCCCAUGUUUGUCCAGCUCUUUGACAUGUAGCUGAAGGCAUGGGAUUUAGAGAGCUUCACAAAACAGGAUGUGACAAAGCCACCCGGAGUAGACAGCCUUGAGGGAGAACGGGGAAUGAUCACCCUUGGAAGUGAACUGGUUUCGAUGUCAUUUUACCUGAAAGCCAUCGGGGGUUCUGAAGGCUGCACUGUGCAAAGGACGAGGCUUCGUGUGAACCCUGCAAUUCUCCUCCCCAGUGCACAUUGGAUGUGCUCAUCUCUUAGGACAUGAAACUGAGGCUGACCUCACAAGGGCCAUGACAGCUCCGAAUCUUUCCUGGAAAUGUACACAGCACCAAAAGUUGUCUGUCCCACUUAGUGGCUUGCCUUAGAGAACCAUUCCUAACCUAAAACAUCAGAGUCAGACCCGCAGGGCCAGGGGAAACCUGGCAGGAUGGGAAGAAAGCCCCAGCCUUGACUUGCGUCAUCUGUGUAGGCCUCCUCGGGAUAUGGAAUUGGGAACAAAGACAAAAUGAAAGCCUUCUGUGAGUGUAUCCAUGAUGCUGCCCACACAGACACAUAAGAAGAAGAAUUGGGAAGGCAGAGAGCUUCGUCAGGCCUUCUGUGGGAAGCGUUAGAAGAGAGAAAGCACGGACCAGUGUCUCUUGAGAUAGACCUAAGUCCUGGGGUCUCCUCUGCUGUUGGGUCUCAGAAUUCUAAUUCCAUUCUUCCAAGGCCAAUUACUGAUGAUCAGCUAAAACCUCCUGGUCUGAUCUUGAUUUGCAUACAGUGCAGGGUAGGGUGUAGACCUUUUAAAAAGUGACCUAAAUACCCAAACUCUCUGUAAGUAUAAAUAUUCAGGAUGACCCCCCCAUGCAAAAUUAUACCCACACCAGCACUAGUAGUAAUGAUUCUAAAUUAUUGCCAAAAAAAAGGUUUUUUUAAAUAUUCUGUGUCUUUCAAGUUUACAGAAAAGAAAGCAGUAAAUACAAUAUUAUGUACAUGUAUCAUGUGCAUUCAGAGCAGCCAUGUGACAAGAUCUAUCAAUGUAGAAACAACAUAGAUUACAUUAUUAUUUUUCAAGAGAAGACUCGUGGUCAGUUUUACCCUGUAAAACCUAUUUCUGUAUUUAUAGAUUUUAAACAUGGUGGAUUUUUUUCUAUUGCAAGUUUAUUUAAAACUGCUUUGUUUCUCAAAUUGCUGAGAUAGCAAGCAAGUGCAUGUGCUACAGAUGGAAGCAGAAGAAAGCUGAGAGCAAAGACAUUUCAAGUGGGGAAAAGAAGGACUUGAUCUUUGCAGGAGCUAUCAGCCACGUUGGCCAGUGUGUUGAGAAAAGAGGUUCAUCCAGUGUUGACCUAUGCGAAGGAAGGCACUGAAUGUAUUGAGGAAAUGAAUGUUUUUAUAUAAUGGCCUUCAACUUUUCUGGAAGCAUUUCAAAUAAAUUACCUUAAAAUGC